AGUGCUGAAGUUUCUUCCUUCAAUUAUUUGUCGCUCCGCAGAUUCAUUUUUUUUUCCGCUUGUUCGUACUUUGAACUUUACAUCAAAAGGAGAGAUAAUAUAACGUCAAAAAUAAAAGUCAUGGGACCAGGAGAGGAGCAGCCCUCUCCGUCGUGUCCUAGUAGUGCAGCAGCUCCUUCUCCUGUGUCACUACUUCUACAACCGGCUACAACUACAACAUCUUCUUCCUCGCACAGAGGACGGCAGUACACGCGCGCGCAACCUGGCAGCUAUAGCCAAGACUUGAAUGUCUUAGCGGAUAAUAAAACAUCAAAUCCUCCAUACAGUUCCACUUCGCCGUCUCUCGGCAGCGAAGCCGAAGGAGCUUCGCCAAAUAUCAAACAACAGGUGAGUUAUGGUCGUGUUAACAAGGACGACGGCACAGCAUCGCCUGAAGCUCAAACGAACUCAGUAUCUUCAACGGUGGCACUAGUGGAACAACGUUUUCUGCAGUCAGAUGUCGGUGCGGGUGGCGAAGAGACUUCUAAGAUAGGGGUGGCCGCGGGACGAGAAACAACAGCUGGAGCAGGGAUAUUUGCUCAUGAGGCGACCGGCGAGGAUAGUAUUUUUGCAGGGGGCGUUGCCCUUUCUACAACUUCUACCGGAAAAAUCCGUUCUCCUCCAGCCUUGUCCUCGUCCGCCGCCUCUACUAGCAUGGCAACGAUAGGAGUUCCAGCUCCCAGGACGGGUAGUUCAAUUACAACAAGUACGAACACAGGCCCAACGCAGCCGCAUUUCGCCGUCCUCUCGCCGAUUCACUUUCCUGGCGUGGCGGUUCCUCGUAGCUCCGGGCGGUUGCAGCAAGUCCAACUUCCGGCGUCCUCUGCUGGCCCGGUAGUUGGGACCACUACAGCCGGUAGAAAUUCAAACACUUCUACAACGGGUCAAAAUAAACUUAUUCCGCAGCGUUCGCCCCCUUCUGGCCGGUCCUCCACUUCCAGCACCAGCACUGUGGCCGCACGACUGCCGAAGCUGAAGAAGCUACAAUCGUCUCCCUUGACAAGGAUCGACUUUGCAACUACUCCUGGAGGUGGAGCUGCAUCAAGUUUGCUGCAGCCGCAGAGUACUAAAACUAAUGUUGGGAGCGGUCCUAGUGAUGUCGAUGGCCCGAUGUUGUUGAACGGGCUUAGUCUACAACAAUGUGCAGGUACUUCGAAUCAAGACGUGCGCGGCCAUCAUGUUGAUCCUGCAAUCAGACCUCCGGACGGCCGCGGGCCUGGAACAACUACAGAGGACAUUAACUCUCACAGCGCCAGCACGGCAGGCAGCACAGCACCACCUGUGGUCGUCGUUUCUCUUUCUGCGUCCAGCCAGUGGACUCGAGUGGUGCCCGGAGAGCAUCAAACCAAUCUUCUUGCAAGGACGGAUCACGAAAGGGUGGAAGGAGCAGCGGGAGGGAUGAUUCCUUUACCGUCGUCGGCGGAUUCGGAUACAGAAGACCUUUCUUCACGACCAAUUCACGGCGAGCGGGAUGGCAGAGGACAGCAGGAGGGCGAUGUGGUCGUCAUUACUCCGCAGCGAGGAACGAAAGGCAGCACAACCACUCUCCUGCUGAAAAAGCGGCCCAGCGCCAUUGACGAGGACGACAUGGAGCAGGAAGUAGAUGUUGGUACCAGAGAAGUUAAAGGGAAUCCGUUGGUGGCCCAGAGAAGCCAUCUCGACCACGUCUCUGGAGGUCGCGGCAGUAGCGAAAAAAAGCGGAAGGUGAGCGGGGGGAGUAAUAGAGAAAGACUGAGAACAAGUCCCAGAUCAGCAGGAGAUGAAAAGGAAACAACAAGUGAGCAGCGUGGGCCCCCCUGGCAGCAGCAAGACGAAGACCAUGACCAGCAAUUGCCAAAAGUAGAAAAUAAAGUGACGCAGUACACGCAAAGUGCAAUCAUGGGCCGCGGCGGGGCGGGAGGUUCGUCGAGCUCUAGUGCGUCUUCUCGUCCAUUUCUUUUCUCGACCCAUGACCAGCCUGUAGCGAUUGGAGGAGGUACAACACGGACCACCUCCAUCGGAGGUGCUACUACCACGACAGGACACGACGACCCUCCAGCGACCACAGCAUCUUCUACAUCAACAAGCGCACCUCCACAACAGCAACCUUCUGACGGCGGGGUCGGAUCAUCUACAGGCGGUCCGCCUGGUGCAGCUCCGCAGAAGCAGCAGCAAAGGCCGAACAGCCGGGGUAGAACCCGGAAGAUGACCUGGUACGAACAACUAGUGCAGAGCCGGCAGCAGCAGGACAGUCGCACGAGCGAAACCUCUGCGGACGCAAACAACGGGAGCGGGGUGGGGGGCGGGUCAGGAGCGGCGUCAGCCUCCACGAGCAAGCGACAGGCGUCCUUAACCACGCCGUCGAAGCAGGCCGCGCCGUUGAUCACGCCGCCCGGAAUAAGUGCCAAUUUUUACGGAGGACAGCAAAUCAACUUCCUGGGAGGGAACAACAGCACAUCAUCCACCUCGUCGCUACAGCCACCCUGGGCCACUGCAGGCGGAGGUGGAGGUCCGGCGAGUAAUAGCGGGAUUCUCGGAGGCUACUACAACAAGCCUCCCUCUCCGAACAAAACGAACUUCAAUAGCCCCGGGAAGCUCUUUGUUGACCAGCAGAACAUCAUCAACCGGAGCAAUCCUAAUAGAGGACAUCAAACAUCUGCCACGGUGCAUCCACCUGGUGUUUCAAAUCUUGACGGCAGACAAGUAGAAAAUAGUGGCGCUGGCGCGGUAGCUACAAGUGCCACCAAGACCACAAGCAGUACUGCAGCACCGAUGUCCAGGAAAAAGCUCAGUUCUUGGCAGAAAGCACUGAUGUACGGGUGCUACAUGCUGAUGGCGACCGGGAACACGAUUUACUUCAAGAAGAUGACCACUUCCCUUGCGAAUUACAGUUGGUUCACCACGAACGUGACCACGAUAGUGUUCAUUCCGUUUUUCUACUUUGCGACCGAGCUGGAGAAGAUGUGGGAGCAGAAAGCGGGAGGCGACAUUCCUAAGCGGAAGACGGCGGUCAUGGGCUUGCUCGAUGCCUGCGCCGGGAUGACCAUGGUACUAGAACUAGAACUAGUACUGUUAUUGAGCAGACUGGCACAGGCACUGCAGGCGGAGCUAAGUACAUGUCGUUGUCGUUGGCGGAUUCAAAGAUUCAGGAGGAGUACCUCCCGUACUGUGUCUACUUCAGGUUCACCCACCCUUGAAGAAGAAGAUGCUUGCUUCAACUUAAUAUAUGUAAUGUUGACGUCUAUCUGUAUCUUCGUCUUCAAAUAACCCGCUCAGGUUCUCGGCGGUGCCUACACCGCCGGUGGCACCCAGGUGUUGCUCACACAAGGAGCCAUCCCCGUGACGAUUCUUUUGUCGGUCCUGCUGCUGCGACGCCGCUUCCAUCUUUACCAGUACCUCGGCGCAGCAGUCAUAGUCGGAGGCGUUGGUAAAGAGAUUGCUUGGUGCAGUUGAUCAUGAUACAACUAGCGAAUUGGUAAUAUCAUAUCAUAGUCAUUUACAUUUUUAGGCACCACUAGAACUAGUUACUGCAUCAUAAUACGUAAACCAGCCGUCUCGAAGAUCGGGCCCCAAGCCGCUACCACGGACUCCGGUGACAAUGUUACUUUCAACAUGAUUUUCGCGUCGAGCAAUUUUCCCACUGCACUGUCCACAAUAUACAAGGAAGUCGCGUUCCAGGAUGUCCCAAACCUCUCGGUCAACCUGAUCCAGAUGUGGGUUGCCGUUUUCCAGGGGCUUUUCAACUUCGUUCUCUGUCCGCUGUACACUCUGCCGAUUUUGGGGCCGAGGUACUUUUUCUUUUUAUUCACCGCUGCGCGUGGUCCUCUGUGAAUGUAUUGUACUAAAUCUUGAGAAUUGCUCGUUGUACUUUGCUGAAUCCCUGACGCACAGCAAGACCAAUAAGAGCACGGAGCGGGAUCAGUUUGCAGUGCAUGUUGGAAGUAGAUGCGAACACAAGAACUUGUAAAUGGACACGUACAUCAACACAAAUAUCAGCCAAAUCCCAUUGAACGACAUGAUUCCGUCUUUCAUCGACGGCGCGAAGUGUUUCAUCGGCAUCAACAUAUCAAGUGUAAAAAUGUCUGGGUCUGGAACAUUUCUAGAUUUGUCAUGCAUAUUUUCCAUGACCCAUGAUGUCUGUGAUGCAUGCCGUAGCAUCACAGAUUUUUAGAGCGCUUCCUCAUACCUAUUCCGCAUGACAAAUGCCAUCUCCGUGGAGCACAAAAUCUACUCCUCUUACUGGUCAUGCAAUACAAAUGUUUUUCGAAUCCAGAGACAGCAUCACAAGUUUAGAUUCUUCCAGACCCAGACAUUUUUACAUUUGAUACAACACCGUGAAAGACGACUGCGACGACGGCACCUUCCCCCGGAUGCAGGGGCUGCGGCCGUGCGACAAGUGCGACGCCGCUGGCUUUGCGACCACGAUGUACAUCUCCUUCAACAUCGCCUACAACAUCCUCUGUAUGCUGCUCGUCAAGUACGGCACGGCCAGCUUUUACUUCGUUAUCAACGCCGCUCGGUUGCCAAUCACCAGCGUGCUCUUCGCGUCGCCGGUCAUCAUGGGAAGCUCCGCGGUGCCGAUGCGAAUGGUGGACUGGUACCUAGAAGUAGUUGUAUACAGGUCCAGCAGGUGUAGUCGCUUUUAGAGAUAUAUGGAUGGGGCCAGCGCGUGACUGAGGACCAUCAGACACAUCAGUUCUAUAACAACUUUUUGUCGUCCUGGCAGGUCGAAGAUGAACAAGACAAAACAUCCGCCGGAAGAACAUACAUUCUUUCAAACAUCCCAGGUUCGCCCUUUUCACCGUUCUCAUCGGCCUGGUCGUGUACAAGGGUGGCGCCAAGAUGCUGAAGAGGCAAGAAAAACAGGCGAAGACUUCCCAAGAGAAAAUGCUUCGGGAAAAGCUGCUCCAGCAGCCAGACACAUCACACCCCGAUGCAGUUUCCACUACAACCAUUCCCGUGCCGAGCACGACAGCAUCGGGGUCUGUCUCCCCAUCCACUUCGAUCGCGUCCCCCUCUGACGAGGACAAACUUCCCUACCGUGCGUUCGGUGCCUUCCUGGGGCCACACAUUCAGGUUUUUGACCCGAUAGUCGAGGUGGUAGACGUGUCCGAAGACACGAACUGGAUGAAAACGCCGGUGCAGAUACGAGCGGGCUACAUUCAGAAGCUGGGGCUCUUGCCACCCGGGACCGUAAGUCCCGGGGCGUCGCCACGUCCGAGCGAUGGUGCUGGCGCUGCGAAGUCGCCCAAUAAGCAACUGCUGCCGGGAUGGGUCGCGAUAAAAUAAUAGGACGAUUUCUUGAUUUAAUUAAUUUUAAUGUGCUCGGACAGCUGUUGGCCAACUGAAACUUACAACCAUAGAAAUGUCAAUGCCUAGGCUAGGCAGUAGCACUUAAUGCUGUACAAGAACAAUAUCCUGCCUUUGGAGCUGCGCUUUAUCAAUUCGAAAAAGUUCUUCUUCAUCUUCUUCUUCUUCCAACUUCUAUAGAUUUUUUCAAACAUCUUCAACUACAAGUGCCGGAAAGCAAGAACCUUCUGUACUUUAACUUGCUCAACAUCUGAACAAACUCUGCUGCAUCUACGUACUUUCUUAUUUCACGCGGCAUCGUCGCACUUUGUAGUAAAGUAAAUCAGCUGGUGCAGGUGCAGCAAGGCCGUUUGUGUAGGCUACAUGUUGGAAAAAUUAUAAUUUAUCUUCACGGCCUGGUACAACAUUCAGCCUGCUUUUGCGUACGAGAAUGCGCAACAUAUUAUUCAUGCGUCCGACAAUCCAGGCCGCGCAUCGUUCUUCUACAGCACCUUGCAUCUUCAGCAGAAGCAAGAGCAAGACACCGAGCUGCAGCUUCAAGUUGCGCUCUGCGUUAGUUGUAGGGGGUGCGGGUGCGGCUCGAGCUAUGGUUCGCGUGGCACAUAAUAAUUGUCGACAUGAUACUUAGUCGGUUGAAUAUGAAUGCUCAGUCUUCAUGAGCGCAUCAACCAAAGGAAAGCUAAGGGCCAGAAAAAAUGCAACGACCUUGCGUUUUUGUCUUCGGGAGCUGUAAUCUAAGUAAACCUUCACCCUCACUAGAGUUGUCAGUGCUUGGCUCUAUUCUGCGCGAUAACGAAUAACAGCAAGCUCUUGCUGUUGGAUUAUGAUUUUUUUGUGAACAAAAAACAGCUCAUUCGCUGAGGCCUCCAAACUCUUGCAAAUACUUACAUCAACAACAUCAAGUCGGCACAAUUUUGCAGUUUUUUUCUGAUUUUUUCUCUGCGUAAGGAGGGCAGAAGCAGAUGCAGAAGCAGAAUCUUCAAUAUUGGGAACAGAGCCAUAAGCGGGGCUUCAUCUGGUAUGAAAGUUAAGGAAAGAGAGAAACGAUCGAAAUGAAAUGAAUUCUCAGAAAAAAAUAAACAAACGCACACGAUAUGGAUACCAUCUUCUCGCUUAUUAU